UACCUGGAAGCAAGUAUGUUCAAACGGGCGAUACCGCGAGUUGUUCCAAGACAAAACCUCUUCCGACGAUAUGGAUACAACGGAACUGUUUUCUUUGUUCUGUGCUCUCCUCCAAACAAAAUAUGAAGAAAGCGAAUGCAAGGAACUUAAAGAUAGCUUAAAGGCUGUCAAAGAUAUAAGAAAUGAAAUAGCGCAUGAGUGCAGCGCUAUGAAAAAUCCGUCAAAAGUUCCAGAACUACAUAACAAGUUGCUGGAGCUCAUCCAAGUGGCAGGGAAGUUUUACAAACUCUCGAAGCGUGAGGUAAAGGCUCUGGAAGAUGAGUUGCGAAGUGACAUAAGCAGAGGGUUCUCUCCUAGUGAAAUGAAACAAGCUUACUUCUCUCGUUGCCUGUGCAACGAAGGGAAACAACAUGCUGGGCUUCUCUUACAAAAUUUCACCAACGACCUAAACAACGGCGUAGGUCAUCUCAAACUGUCGGCUGACUUUUACCCACCCAAACUAACGCUACAACACGAAGAUGACAAGAAAUUUCCAUACACGGAAGUAUUCAACGCAGCCACUAAAGUCGUUGUUGUGUCUGGCUUUGCAGCGGCUGGCAAGUCGACGCUACUCAAGAACCUAAUACAACAGUUCCUUGGAUUGCAGUGCGAAGUCCCGGACUACCUAAAGAGUUUCGACCUCCUUGUCUUCAUCGAGUGCAGGGAUGACACUAAAGACAAGUUGCAUCAAGUUGUUCGCUUGCACUUCGGAAACGUUUGCUCAAAAAUGGACACCGAAAAUGUUAUGCAGGCUCUCUCGUGCCUUGUCGUUCUGUUCUUGGUCGACGCAUUUGACGAGGCCAAUGCUAAUUCUAUGGCGGUGUUGCGAGAAUUGUUUCAGAAAACAUGGCACUCUGAGUCACGCAUUAUUAUCACGACUCGUCCAAAAGCAAUCGAAGAACUCGAGCAGUUCAUUCACCAGAGGAGUUUUACUCAUUACAAUAUCACUCCUCUCUCAGAGCUGGCGGAGCAGUUGGAGUUUAUCAAAGGAUGUAAACAAAAUCUGAUCAAUGACCCAGCUACCUGUGCAGCGAUGCAGGAUCGAUUUUCCCAACUGAACCCUGCAGUUAGAAGUUUACUAACGCAGCCAAUUUCUCUACUUCAGUUCUGCACCAUCUUUCUAACUUCUCCAAAAAUGAUCGACAAUUGGAACAGCGCAAAAGACUUGUCAAGGGACACAUUGAUGCUAUACAUGACUGUAAUUGAAAGAAAAUUAUCUGAUUCGCACGUACCCGACAAAUCAGUUCUGAUCAACAAGAUUUUCAAGGUCAUCGGCAAGUCCGCCUUGAAGUAUCUUUCCAUGGACAAGAUCGCCUUCUCCAAGGACGAGUUCUUGCUGUUUGAGCGAGAAUGUCACGACCAAAUGACCGCUCACAGUGCAGCCAUGACAAUCGAUUCAAAAGUUUUUCUGUCCCUAAUUUUCACCGUCAAAAGAAAUUUGUCUGGAACUACUGCUGCCACAUACUCAUUUAAUCACAAAACAAUACAAGAAAAAUUUGCAGCACUGUUUGUUUUCGAAGAACUGAAGAACGACAAGUCCCUCCAUGAAAUACUAGGCACAACACAGGCGAUGAAGGCGAGCUUCCUGGAUAUACUGCCGUACGUCAUGCAAGACCUAAGCAGCAGUCCAUUGCUGUUCCAACGCCACUGGCCUGAACUGAGGGAAGUCAUUACCCAAACUGGGUUCUACAGCUGCGAUGACUGGCAGACCUUGCUGCUCCAGGGUCCUGGCCUCAGCGAGCUGGCGAAACACGCGGCCAAGAUCACGAUCACAGCGACAGAUGAAUGGACCGUUCGCACCGCUCGCAAUCUAGAAGCAGCAUCACUAAUGUUGUCAUACGAGCAACCUCGUCUCAUCAACAUCAAAUUACCGUCUGCUGAGCUGGCCGCAGCUGGCUCCAGCUGGUCUGGAUUGACAAGCCUUCACCGCGGACAACUUGAGCUGCACCUCGAGGAGAGUUCCGUGGCGACACAAGCGCCAUGUGAAGAUCUGCUCGAGUGCCUAAACGGAUCCAGGUGUCAGCUCACUGAGUUGGUUGGCAGUAUCAGCAGUGCCGCUAGCGUCUCCGCUGUGGCUUCUAUCUCCACGGCGGCCAAUACGGAACUUUCCAUCUCACUCUCGGCCCCCCUCAACUUGAACCCUCUGCAGGGCAAAUAUAAGAGUCUAGUGUACGAGUGCGAUGUGUCUCCUCGUCCCCUCACCUACAUAAUAUAA